AUGGGCAAGCGUGGCGAUGACCCUCUUGCGGGCCAUGUCUCUGGCCAGUCCAAUAAGCCUCUUUCCAGACCACCACACGCCUUGCCCUACGCCCAGGUCAUCACCGAACUCGAAUCAGACGAAAUCAAUGGCUUGCACUCGGCAGUGGCUGAGCAGCGGCUCACAGACUUUGGUCCAAAUGACCUUGGCGAGGCAGACGGAGUAUCUGCCCUGAAGAUUGUGGUUGCUCAGAUCGCCAAUGCCAUGACGCUCGUACUCAUCAUGGCCAUGGCCGUCAGCUACGGCAUUGGUUCCUAUAUCGAAGGCGGUGUCAUCACCUUUGUCAUCCUCCUGAAUGUUGUCGUUGGCUUUUUCCAGGAGUACUCUGCUGAGAAAACCAUGAAUUCGCUGCGGUCUCUGAGCUCGCCGACAGCCAGUGUCGUCCGCGACGGCAAGGCCAGCGUGAUUCCGUCUGGCGAGAUCGUGCCCGGCGACCUCAUUGAGCUCAAGACUGGCGACACUAUCCCUGCCGAUGUCCGCAUUAUCGAAGCAGUCAACUUCGAGACCGGCGAGGCUCUGCUCACUGGAGAGUCGCUGCCUAUCCGCAAGGACGAGAGGCAAACCUUCGACGACGCUACUGGGCCCGGUGAUCGCAUCAAUGUCGCCUACAGCUCGUCGACUGUCACAAAGGGUCGUGCUCGUGCCAUUGUCUUUGCCACCGGAGCUUUCACUGAGAUCGGUGCAAUUGCCUCAGCCCUGCGAGCGAAAGACUCCAAGGUCAGACAGGUCAAGCGCAAGCCGGACGGCUCGGCCAAACCCCACCGCUACCUCGAGGCAUACACGCUCACACUCACGGAUGCCAUUGGCCGGUUUCUUGGCGUCAACGUUGGCACGCCUCUGCAGCAAAAGCUGUCGAGGCUGGCGGUGCUGCUGUUCGGCAUUGCGGUUGUUUGCGCCAUCAUCUGCCUAGCUGCCAACCGCUUCAUCGCUGAGCAAGAAGUCAUCAUCUAUGCUGUCGCGACAGGCCUGUCCAUGAUCCCUGCGUCCCUCGUGGUAGUCUUGACCAUCACGAUGGCGGCGGGCACUAAGAGAAUGGUACAGCGCAACGUCAUUGUGAGGAACCUGAAGUCACUCGAGGCCCUCGGUGCCGUGACCGACAUCUGCUCCGACAAGACAGGCACCUUGACCCAGGGCAAGAUGGUCGCAAAGCGUGCAUGGAUUCCAGCCAUGGGCACAUACACCGUGGACACGUCCUCGGAGCCCUUCAAUCCCACCGUGGGUGACAUCUAUUUCGAUGAGCGAGCACCAUCGGAGAUGCAAUUGAAGAAAGACGGCGAGGUCAAAGAGAACCCCAUCCAUCCCGAAGAGCUCCUCCAGAAGAGCAAACAGGCUCUGCGCGACUAUCUCCUGGUUACUGCGUUGGCCAACCUGGCCACAGUCUCACCCAGCGGAGACAAUAACAACGAAUGGAACGCCCGCGGCGACCCGACUGAGAUCGCAAUCGCCGUGUUCGGCACUCGAUUCGGCUCUAACCGGCUCAAGCUCGCGCAUGGAGACAAGCCCGAAUGGACUCAGCUCGCUGAGCUGCCGUUCGACUCAGAUGUCAAGCGCAUGUCUGUCAUCUUCAAGCACGAACCCACGAGCGAGCUCAUGGUCUUUACUAAGGGCGCGGUGGAGCGUGUCAUUGGCAAUUGCAAGGACUACUAUGCAAGUGAUGGCAGUGGGGAGACGAGCCCCGUGACGCAAGCGUUCCAGGAGGAGAUCUUGCGCAACAUGGAGUCUCUCGCCGGAAUGGGGCUGCGGGUGCUGGCGCUCGCAAGCAAAAAGUUCGCCGGUACAAUCGAAAAGGGCCAGGAUGUUGAUCGUCAGGCAGUCGAGUCGAAUCUCACCUUCCGCGGCUUGAUCGGGCUGUAUGAUCCUCCUCGGCCAGAGUCCGCCCCGGCUGUGCGCAGCUGUCACAAGGCUGGAAUCGCUGUGCACAUGCUUACAGGCGACCAUCCGGAGACGGCAAAGGCGAUUGCGAUUGAAGUCGGCAUCCUGCCUUCGAGAAUGGACCUGGUCAGGGCUGACGUCGCUGGUGCCAUGGUCAUGACUGCUAGCCAGUUUGACGCGCUGUCUGACGACCAGGUUGAUGAUUUGCCUGUGCUGCCUCUGGUCAUCGCCCGCUGUGCGCCGCAGACCAAGGUCCGCAUGAUUGAAGCCUUGCACCGCCGCAAGAAGUUCUGUGCCAUGACUGGCGAUGGUGUCAACGACUCGCCAUCACUCCGCAGGGCCGAUGUUGGCAUUGCCAUGGGCCAAGCGGGCAGCGAUGUUGCCAAGGAGGCUUCGGACGUGGUGCUGGCCGACGACAACUUUGCCAGCAUCGUGGCCGCCAUUGAGGAGGGCCGCCGGAUCUUUGACAACAUCCAGAAGUUUAUCCUACACGUGCUCGCCGAGAAUAUUGCCCAGGCCGGCACUCUUCUUGUUGGCCUCGUGUUCAAGGACACCCGCGGAUUGUCGGUGUUCCCGCUAGCCCCGGUGGAGAUCAUCUGGAUUAUCAUGAUCACUUCGGGCAUGCCGGACAUGGGCCUCGGCUUUGAGCGGGCGGUGCCAGAUAUCAUGUCGCGGCCGCCGCAGAGCCUGAAGACGGGCAUUUUCGACAUGGAGUUCCUGGUGGACAUGGUGCUGUAUGGACUGUGGAUCACGGCGCUGUGCCUGGCAAGUUUUUCGCUCGUCGUCUUUGGGUACGGCGACGGGGGGCUAGGCGAGAUGUGCAACGACGCUUACAGCGAGUCGUGCGACACGGUGUUCCGGGCGCGGGCGACGACGUUUGCCUGCCUGACAUGGUUUGCGCUGUUCCUGGCGUGGGAGAUGAUUGACCGGCGGCGGUCCUUCUUCCGCAUGCAGCCCGGAUCCAAGCUGUACCUCACGCAGUGGGUGCACGACGUCUGGCGCAACAAGUUCCUCUUCUGGGCCAUCGUCAUUGGCUUCGUCACCAUGUUCCCCGUGCUGUACAUCCCAGGGCUCAACACGGUCGUGUUCAAGCACGUGGGCAUCACGUGGGAGUGGGGGAUAGUGUUUGUCAGCGCCGUCCUUUUCUUUGCGGGCGUCGAGGCGUGGAAGUGGGCGAAGCGCGUGUACUUUCGCCGGCGGGCGCGCAGGGUGGGCGGCACCGCGUGGGGGGACCAGGAUGUCGAGCAGCGCACUUUUGCGCAGUAUCUGACCUACGAGAUGGUUUCGGACGACGAGAAGAGCAAGCAUGAUGUUGAGCGCGGGUGA